CUCCAGGCCUCCGACGAGAGACCCCCUCGGAGCUCUCCCUUCCAGCCCGUCCUCGAUCCCCCUCGCCCAGCCCGCGCUUCCCGGCGCUCAGCCCCCCGCCGCCGCCUUUCUUGCAGGCCUUUCGGGGUGACGGCGUGCCCGUCUUCGAUUUGCUCAUCCUGGGAGUGGGGCCGGACGGCCACACCUGCUCCCUUUUCCCCGACCACCCCCUGCUGAAGGAGGAGGAGAAAAUCGUUGCUGCCAUCACCGAUUCUCCCAAGCCGCCUCCGGAGCGCAUCACCUUGACCCUCCCGGUGCUGAACGCGGCGCGCGCGGUGGCGUUCGUUGCCACGGGGGAAGGCAAAGCCGCCGUCCUGAAGCGCAUUCUGGAAGGCGCCGAGGAGAAUCCCCUCCCCGCUGCUCGCGUCCAGCCGCGCACGGGGCAGCUGCACUGGUUCCUGGACGAGGCGGCGGCGGCGGAGCUGACCCUUCCCUUCGAGAAACAUUCCGUCCUGUAGGGACCGAGCCCCCGGCCGGCUUUUUGGGGAGCCGGCUGGCGGCGACCUCGGCGCCUGCUGCGUGACGUCCCCGCUCCGAGGACUCCAACGCGUGGCUGCGGUACUCGGGAGGGGCCACGAAGCCCACGCCGGCUUUUUGUCCCCCGGGGGAAAAGAGCCGAACCGGGCGGAGCGCGAUUUUUUUUUCUGUGCCGUGAUUCCUUUGGUUCGGCCUGGACCACGCGCCCGGGGCGGCGCUGGGAGCUGCAGGGGGCGGCGGUGUCGUGCGGGGCCGCGUCGCGGGCGGUCGCUGCGGUGUUAAAACGAGGGCGGGGCAUUAAACGAA